AUGCAUUCGGACAUCCAUGUAGUCGUCCGCUUCCAUGAUCAAUCCGUGUUUGCGGGCGAGCAGCUCCGAUGCACCAUCACCUUCCGCAAUGUCGCGCCCACCUCGUCCGAGCCACUCACGCCGUCCUUCCAGACCCUGCGACGGCAGCGGCGCGAGAGUAUCAGUCAGCUGGCCGCCGCCCAGUCAGCGAAGCCCAGCACUGUGCUGCGAUUGAGCCAGAAUGGCCACAAUGGUCGGCCGGCCGGCCACGAGCACGCUGCUGACCAGGCAGGCCGGUCAUUGUACACCGACAACUCGGCCAGUACUCAAAGGCCAACCCACAAGCAACAGAGAUCUGUGUCGAUCAUCUCGCUGACCUCGCCGACUAUCGCGGGUGAUCUUGAAUAUGGUGCUCCGGGGAGCUGGACCAAGCCCAAAAGGCCGAGCCAUUCACGCUCCUCGACCGUACAGAUUUAUCAUGCUCCUCAAAGAAGAACGAGCCAGCAAUAUCACCGAGACCCUCCUACCAAUCUUCAGCUCCCGCCCAGAGGGGGGCGUCGAAGUCCUCUAUCCCCAGGAGCAGGUGGGAGCCGCGACUCUUCUCCUUUCGAGUUCAACACCGUCACGCACCUAGAGAACGCCAAAAACCAGCACUCAGACCACGAGCCCAACGCCGUGCAAAUCCCCAGUCCUGUCGACACCUCCGGAACUGCCAGACCCUCCGGGACAGGCCCCGACCUUGCCAGCGAACGGAGCAGCGGCGAUUUCUAUUCGCUCAGCAACCACUCGCAAGAAACCCUGAUGUCGGAGCAACCCUCCAUCAUGUCCGACCAUCGGCCGACCUGGAUCAACUCGACGUCGUCGUCGUCGAUGCCCCGGCGACCGCCAUUGAGACCAGCGCCGCACCGGCCGCAAGCCGUGAACCUCCUGAUGGGGUACGCCCAGCUGAGCGCCACCUUCACGCUGGACGCGUCGCUGAUCGACCAGUCGCACUUUGAAGAGGUGAAGAGCAAAGGCUUUUUGGGUGGCCAGGCCGGCGGCGGCGUGGUCGGGGUCAAGAAACCGCGGCCCAACAGCGGGUUUUUGGGAUCCUUCAACCUCAACGCGCUGGGCGGGUCCCUGAACAGCCUCAUGGGCGGCGAGAACAUGAGCAGCGUCAAGGAGAUGCACGCCGUGACCAACGCCCGCGCCAUCCCCAUCCUCUCGACGCCGCAGUCGCUGCUGUUCGUCGACAUGCACCUCGAGCCCGGCGAGGAGCAGACCUACUCGUACACCUACCCCUUGCCUCGGGGCCUACCGUCCAGCCACCGGGGCAAGGCGAUCAAGAUCGCAUAUAACCUGACCGUCGGCGUCCAGGGCGUCCCGGGGAGUCGGGACGUGCACACGGUGCGCCAAGUGACCGUUCCCAUCCGCGUCUUCCCCGGGGUCAGUCACGAUGGCGAAAUCUACGGCCACGAUCUGAUGCAACCGCAUGUCAUUCUGCGCGACCUCGCGCGUACAAAGUCUAUAUCUACACCGCAGGACCAAGAAGAAGCAGCCACCCCGACCACGCAGUCGGCUGAGACGUCCAGCUUGGAGUUUCUGCAGUUCGUGGACACGCUCUUAGACCACAAUCGCCGCCGGCAGUCCAGCUCGGGGACGAUGGAGGCAUUUCUAAACACCCAAGAUACGGGAAGUCGUGGGAAGGCGCUUCAGGCUAUCGACCGAGCGAUCCUCUUCAGCAACUCCCUGUCGGACGGUGAGUCGAGCCCGAACCGGUUCGAAAUCUCGCGGAACGGGUCGCGGGUGGCGGUCAUCGUCAUUGACCGGCCCCUCCAUCGGCUGGGUGAGACCGUCACCGCCGUCAUCGACUUCUCCGACGGCCAAGUCCCUUGUGCGUCGCUGAAAUCGACCCUCGAGACAUCUGAGAAAGUCGCCCCCUCGCUCGCCGUCCGAUCCGUCCACACGAUCAACCGCAUCACUCGGAAGAUAUACGCCGCCCGUGCCGAGAACAUCCUUUUCGCCCGACGGGCCACAUUUGCGCCCAGCAUCCCGGCGUCCGCGACACCCACGUUUGUCACCUCCGGGGUGAACCUCGACUGGAGUCUUCGUUUCGAGUUUGGCACCAUCAAGCCGGUGGAGAACGAUGAGGGCGAGUUCCGACUCGUGACGGAUCUGCUCGAGGAAGUGGUCAACGACGAGCGAGGCACGGUGAAUGUGGCGGCGGAGAAUUUGGAGUGCGACACGUUUGAGGUGGUGAUCCCCAUUACCGUGUACGGCGAUUUGGUGCCGGAUGGCAAGCAAGGCGACGAGAUUGUUGGGAUCCCCGUCUGA